AUGCCUGAGCUCAAGCGCCACGCCGGUGUCCAGGACAGCCACGAAGGCAGCAAGUCCAGCUACCCUCCUCCUGCUCGUGUCCAGGGCAAGGACGGCCACCCCAAGCCUCACAUCGGUCCCGACUUUGCUGCCUACAAGGCCGAAUGGGAGAAGUCGGUUGGCCCCGACGCUGACAAGUGGUGGGGCCAGAAGGCGCGCGAGUGCCUCGACUGGUUCUCCGACUUCAAGACUGUCUUUGCUGGUGGCUUUGAGGCCGGCGACAUCCAGUGGUUCCCUGAGGGCACUCUCAACGCCGCCUACAACUGUGUUGACCGCCACUACUACAAGAACCCCGACAAGGUCGCCAUCAUCUACGAGGCUGACGAGCCGUCCGACUCGCGUGAGAUCACCUACCGUGAGCUCUUCCACGAGGUCUGCCGUGUCGCCAAUGUCCUCCGCUCGUGGGGCGUCAAGAGGGGCGACGCCGUCUCGGUCUACCUCCCCAUGACCUGGCAGGCUGUUGUCGCCUUCCUCGCCUGUGCCCGUAUUGGUGCGGUCCACUCUGCCGUCUUUGCCGGUUUCUCUGCCGAGUCGCUCCGUGACCGUGUCAACGACUGCGAGUGCAAGGUCCUUAUCACCACCGACGAGGGUCGCCGUGGUGGCAAGACCAUUGCCACUAAGGCAAUUGUCGACGCCGCCCUCGCUCAGUGCCCGCUUAUCGAGAAGGUGCUUGUUCUUCGCCGCACUGGCUCCAAGGUUCCUAUGACUGAGGGCCGUGACUUCUGGUGGGACGAGGAGGCCGAGAAGCUCUCCUCUUACUCUGUUUGCGAGCACAUGAACUCGGAGGACCCCCUCUUCAUUCUCUACACCUCGGGCUCCACUGGUAAGCCCAAGGGUGUCGUCCACUCGACCGCUGGCUACCUCCUCGGCGGCUACCUCACUGUCAAGUACGUCUUCGACUUGCACCCAGACGACCGCUUCGCCUGCAUGGCCGACGUUGGAUGGAUUACUGGCCACACCUACAUUGUCUACGGCCCUCUCUGCUUGGGUGUCACUACCACUGUCUUCGAGUCGACUCCUGUCUACCCUACCGCUUCGCGCUACUGGGACGCUGUUGACAAGUGGAAGCUUACCCAGCUUUACACUGCUCCCACCGCCAUCCGUCUCCUCCGCCGCAUGGGCGAGGACGCCGUUAAGAACCACGACCUCUCUUCGCUCCGUGUUCUCGGCACGGUCGGUGAGCCGAUUAACCCGGAGGCGUGGCACUGGUACAACGACCACGCUGGCCGCGGCCAGUGCGCCAUUGUCGACACCUACUGGAUGACCGAGACCGGUUCGCACAUGGUCACCCCCCUCCCCGGUGCCAUUGCGACCAAGCCCGGUUCGGCCACCUUCCCCUUCUUCGGUGUCGACGUCGACAUUCUCGACCCCACCAACGGCAAGGUCCUCGAGGGCGGUGACGUCGAGGGUGUCCUCGCCGCCAAGCGACCCUGGCCCGCUAUCGCGCGUACCAUCUACCGUGACCACAAGCGCUACCUCGAGACCUACAUGAAGCCCUACCCCGGCUACUUCUUCUUCGGCGACGGUGCUGCUCGCGACGAGGACGGUUACCUCUGGAUCAAGGGCCGUGUCGACGACGUCAUCAACGUGUCGGGCCACCGUCUCUCGACCGCCGAGGUCGAAUCGGCGCUCAUCCUCCACAAGGGUGUCUCUGAGACUGCCGUCGUCGGCUGCCCCGACGAGCUCACUGGCCAGGCCGUCUACGCCUUUGUCCAGAUGAAGCCCGAGUUUGACAUCAAGGCGACGUCGGUUGACGCUCUCACCAAGGAGCUCGCCAUCCAGGUCCGCAAGGUCAUUGGUCCCUUUGCCGCUCCCAAGCGCAUCUUCCUCGUCUCGGACCUUCCCAAGACUCGCUCGGGCAAGAUCAUGCGCCGUAUUCUCCGCAAGAUCUGCUCGAAGGAGGCUGACUCCCUUGGAGACCUCUCGUCGAUGGAGAAGCCCGAGAUUGUCGACUCCCUCACCGACCAGGUCUACAAGGCCAUGGGCUGGAAGUAA